UGUACUUUAAGAGGAUGCUAAACUGCUCGUCAAACUUGAUCGAUGUCGAUAAUGUAAAGUCAUUCGUUUACGUAGCCGUACGUGCGUACGUGCGUGAGUGAGUGCGUCCGCGCGCGCGCUUGGGCUCGGAAUCGUAGCACAUAACAUCUGACAUCGCGUCAUGUAGGCAAUCCACAAUUCGACCGCCGAGCCAUGCACUUUGACCUCUCCGCCACGCGCCGUUUCAAUAGAGAAUAAAAAGGGUAGACGAAAUAUUUACUUAUACUUUUUAUUUUUUCUCCGUCUCAUUCUACCGAGACAGCAGCCGUGGACGGAGAGGCCAAGUGCACUGAAGUGCAUUCGGCUCGCGAUUCUCGAACUCUGGGACAAACCUACAUGCGUGUUGUCUGGGAGUAUAUCCAGUGCAGAAAUUUUCUUUAAAUUGUGAACCAUCGAAGUCACAAUGAUAAUUCACGUUUUUUGGCAAUUUGUUUUUACUAUUAUGAUAAUACACCCUGCAAUUUUUGACGACAUAACCACUAAUAAGGCCAUUGAGACCAUUUUUUUACGUGUUUAUACCGGUACCACUAUAGAAGAAUACGAUGAUUAUCCAUUAGAGAAUGCCAGUGCAAUUACAUCUAGAAUAACUGAAAAUAAACCGACGGUGUUAUAUAUUCACGGCUUCAAUGAGCAUCUAGAAGAAAACAGCGUGCAAACAGUGAUAAAAGCUUACUUAAAAAAAAAUGAUCACAAUAUUAUUGGAGCGGAUUAUCGUAAUUUAGCGAACGGCUUGUAUUCAGUAGCAGCAGAACAUGUCCCUCGUGUUGGAAAUACUGUCGCAACAGCUCUCAAUGAAAUGGCCGAAUCCGGUUUUGAUACGAAAAAAUUGCAUAUCGUCGGACAUUCCCUGGGUGCCCAAGUCUCCAUCUAUGUUGGCAAAAAAGUCAACUUUCAGAUUCCUAGAAUUACGGGUCUGGAUCCUGCCGGCCGCUUUUUCAAUAUUGUCCAUGAUACCCUUUCGUCCUCUGAUGCUGGUUUUGUGGAUAUCAUACACACAGAUUAUGGAUUUUAUGGUGUUGCCAAAACCACAGGCACAGUAGAUUUUUUUCCAAAUGGUGGCAAUCGUGUGCAACCCGGUUGUCCGAGUGUUAUUCCACCGUUUACUACGGAUGAUGACUGUAGCCAUCAUCGUUCCUGGGAAUACUAUGCUGAAUCUGUGCUCAACGAAUCUGCCUUCUUAGGCGUGGAAUGUUCCUCAUCACUCAAUUUUCAAUUAGGCGAAUGCAGUAAUAACAGUAGAACUAUCAUGGGAUAUGCCACUCCGAGUAGCGCGCAAGGGACAGUCUAUCUUGUGACGGGCAAACAAAGUCCUUUUGGAUUGAAAGAGGCAGGACUUUUACCAAAUUAAUUAUGCUACGUUAAGAAUUACAAUCUAAAAAGGAUAUCUUAAAAUUUCUAAAAAAAGAAAUAGCAAAUUCUUUUAUUAAUAUAAAAAAAAACAAAAGAAAGAGAGAGAAGGUAUCGGCCUUUGCAAGACGCAUACAUAUUAUAUACACAUUACAUAUUAAUAAUCGAGCGUAACAUCUUACUCUUUUUUUAUUUCUCGUAAUAACCAAGUCGUAGUUAUUCGUAUUAUUCCGCAUGUUCGAACAUCUUCUGUCUUUUGCAUUCAAUAGUAUAGGUAUAUAAUAUUACUUUUAAUUUAACAUUGAAUUAACGAUUGUCAUUGCGUUUUUUGAUAUAUUCUUGCAAAUUUUCAAGUUUUAAUUUGUUAAAAAUUUAAAAUUAAAUAAUUGAAAGUUAAAAAUAAUUAGAAUACAUAAAUUAAUAAGUAUUCUAUCGCCGAGAUCUUUCAGAUUCUCACGCGUAUAUCGAUCGCGACGACGACAGCGGUAGCGAACGUAAUAAACUAAACAUUUAUUUUUAAAUAAAACAGAAUAAGAUGGAACGCUACCAUAAUAUAUAACUUGCGGCAUACCUUUAAUAGCCCAUGAUGGCCUUUAGAAUUGCAUGUAAUGUUUCAUGAAACGAUUAGUAAAAUUUAUUAUGCAUGAA